AGGAAGUUGUCACAGAUAUAUAGAGCAAGGCCCUGCAGCUCCUGACACAGAUCAUCCUGGCCAUGAGACAGAACUGGAUCCCAGACCCCAGCCCUCUUCGGGCCCUGCUCCUCUGUGCCCACAUCAUCUCCCACCUGGCCAGAGCCACACCUGUGCCUCAGGCCACCACAGCUGCCUCACCUGGGAUGGCAAAGGCCCCCUGCUCCUCGCGGCCCCCAGCGCUCCCAGCAGCUACGCAGUGCCCAGCGCUGACAGUGACCUGGCCAGCGGUGGAAGUCUCACUGAAUGGAACGCUGACCUUGUCCUGUACUGCCUGCAGCCGCUUCCCCCACUACAGCAUCCUCUACUGGCUGGGCAACGGCUCCUUCAUCGAGCACCUCCCAGGCCGGCUGUGGGAGGGCAGCACCAGGCGGGAGUACAGGGGCAAGUGGGCCCAGCUGUGGAGGCCCUUGGUGCUGGAGGAGCUGAGCCCUACCCUGCGAGAUACCAACUUCUCCUGUGUUUUCACGGAUCCUGGGCAGACUGUCCAGCGUCACCUUGUCCUGGCCCAGCUCUGGGCUGGGCAGAAGACAAGUGUGCCCCUGCCACAGGAAGGCCCGCCCUCCAGCCAGGCCCCUCUGCCGCACCAUCCUGAUGGUGAACCUGAGCUCCACCGCCACCUGCUUGAAACACCACCUCUUUACUGAGGUCCAGGCCACAGUCUGCAUCGAUUUAAUGUAUUUGUUUCCUCUGUGGGCUCCUGGGAUGCGGGCAGAGGCUGCUUCUGACCCACCUCUGUAUCUCUCAGCCAAGCAAGGCCCACGGGGGGCAUUCAUAAACCAUCUUCAACGGCA